UCUGAGUCAACCUCGUGGGUAGUUCGAACGAUUGCCUAUACAACGGGCAUAUUUUUUAUAUUUUUCCUCUGCUACGUUUUCCACAUGCUUUAUCCCAUUGUCCACAAAUAAUACGCGUCUCGUGAACAAGAACAGGAACGAAAGCAAGAUCUUGAUAAUGGCUGCAAUAGUGCAUUUGAAUUCCCAGUCGAACCCUCCUGCAAUCUUUGAUGGCACCACGAGGUUAUACAUCAGUACUAUCUGUCCCUAUGCACAAAGGGUGUGGAUAGCUAGAAACUUCAAGAACCUUGAGAAUAUUGAAGUAAUUGGAAUCAGUCUUCAAGACAAGCCUGAUUGGUACAAGGAGAAAGUCUACCCUCCUAACAAGGUGCCUGCCCUUGAACAUAAUAACAAAGUCAUAGGAGAGAGUUUGGAUUUGCUUCAGUAUCUUGAUGAUCAUUUUGAAGGUCCCAAACUUUUCCCUGAGGGACCUGUUAAGCAGAAAGCUGCAAGCGAACUGCUAAAGUAUAUAGAUACUCUUAUAACUAUUGGCUUCCCUGUUCUGAGCAAGGACGGCUUUUCUGUUUCUGAGAUUCAGCAAGAGUUUGGUCCUGUUCUUGACCAUUUGGAAGAUUCUUUGGGAAAGUUUGCUGACGAGGGACCUUUCUUUCUGGGCCAGUUUGGUGUGGUUGACAUUGCCUAUGUCCCUUUUAUUGAGAGAUUUCAAACUUUCUUCUCAAGUUUGAGGAACUUUGACAUCACAACAUCCAGGCCAAAACUUGCAAAAUGGGUUGAGGAAAUGGAUAAGAUUGAUGCAUAUGCAAAAACGAGACUUCCCCCAGAGAUCAACCUUGAAGCUUACAAGUGGCGUGUUGCUAAAACUCGUGCAGUGGGAUCAACAACAAAUUAAACAUCUUUGGUGUGUUGCUUUUGAUUAAAACUUAAAUUGUUUAGCAGUUUGUUUUUGUUUAACAGUUUGUUAUACAAAGAAAUGAAAAUAAUAUUUGAACUCAAUUUUUUAUAUCUUUGAAAUAAUUUGUGGAACAUUACAAAUGUAAAUAUAGAAAGACGCCAUUUGAUUACUAGAAAUUUCUAUUUUUUAAAAUAUUAUUGUACAAUUGAAGUUAUUAUCAUGCAUACAUUAUGAGAGGAUGAUAAAUUAAUUUCUUUUAGAAUUUUGCUCUU